GAGAGGGAGUGUGUGGAGAAUGGCAAAAACAGUUGGCUGAUAAGGUGCUAUUUUGAAUUUCUCUUUCAGACAAGUUCUUUUGUUUCUGUGAAAUUUUAAGAGCUUGCAGUAUGGAUUUCUAGCAGAGGAAAAUGGAUGCAUUCUUGAAGAGAAAGAUGAGCUUUUGAAUUUUUAUUACUCACUACAGGGGUAUGUCUAGACCACAUGGAGACAAAGAGUCAUGCUCACUCUGAUGGACUAUCCAGCUCCUGUUGGGCUGCUCGCGGCUGCUGGAGAGCUGAAGAUGCCAUUCUCAGACUCGGUCAAGUAUUGCAUCCUGGGUAUCUCUGUCAUGCUGCUUCUGCUGGCCCUGGGCAUCUUGGCCUGGCAGGCCUACAGAUGCUGCAACCAGACACACACCACAUACACCCAGCAAGAUACAAUGAACAGUGACCUGCUGUACUCAGACGAAAAGUCAACAACAGCAAGAAAUUACUCAGGAGCUCCAAGCACAACAGUGGAGGAUGUCAGCACUGAGGUCCACAGGCUGAGUCGUUGUCUGUCUCAGGACCCGUUUCCCUCCUCAGGAUCCAGCCAGGCAGAGGGAGACAUUGGAGAGCAGGCCAACUUUAAAAAGGUCGACGGAUCGCUACGUUUCUCUGUCUACUAUGACCAGCUGCAGUCCCGUCUGGUGGUCACCGUUUUGCAGGUGGAGGGGCUUCUGGAUCACAGCCAGACCUGCAGCCUCCAGCCAUUUGUUAAGUUACGACUCAUGUGGGCAGGAUCAGAAGGAGUGGAAGUAGAAGGCUGUAAGGAUGAAAAAGGUGAAGGGACGCCACCUGUUCUGUGGUCCGUGUUGCAGGAGUGGCGGACUCGCAUUGUGAAAGGCAGCUGUAACCCUUUAUUUGGAGAUCAGUUCAGCUGUAUUCUUCAGCAGGAUACAGAUUCGCUUCAUCACAUCACCCUCAGGAUGGAGGUGAGGGACUUUGAUAAAUUCUCCAGACACACAGUGUUAGGAGAGGUGAGGGUUCCGUUAGGACAGCUCAACAUCUCCUACCCUCUUGAGCUACAAGAGGAUCUGCAGAUACCCCAGAAGGAUCUCGUGGGAGAGGUGCUGCUGUCAUUGAAGUUUCUUCCCACUUCUCAGAGGCUAGAGGUUGGUCUGCUAAAGGUCAGAACAGUCCUCCCUGAGAUACGCUCAAAUACAGCCCUGUAUGCCAGGAUCAGCGUCCAAUGCAAUCAGUGCAAGUUGAGGUACCAAAAGACCUCAGUAGCAGCCCGGGGCCUAGUUACUGUCUUCAAUGAGGUGCUCAUGUUCUCUCUGCCAGAGUCUCCUCUGGAGCAGUGCAAAAUUAUGGUCUCUGUGUAUGAGACUCACCCAACAAGGAAAUCAACCAAACAUCUGAUAGGACAGUUGACUGUGGGGAAGGAGAAGAGCUCAGAGGACAAACACUGGAACUUGAUGAUGUGCUCAGUCCGCCAGCCAAUAGCAAAGUGGCAUGGCCUGCUGAUCUGAGGUAUAGCACAUGAAUUCCCUCCCCUGGACUUGUUGGAAGCCCAUACUUGCUUGUAUCUAACUAGAGGCUGUGAUGCUUCUGCAUGAGGCUGCUGAGGCAUCCACACCUGCUUAACUAAAGGCCAAACAAUGGACUUCUUUCCCUGUUCUCUCAGAACAGUGGAGUGGCUGCUCAGCUGUAACUUUGGGUUACUCAAUCUAGUUGUUCACUCAUGUCUCUUUCAUCUCUCUUUUUAGCUUCAAAUUUCAUCCUAUUGAAAUGACUCUUAAGAGCUGACCUUUGUAAUCAUCACUUCUGGAGAUGUGCAUUUACUGUACACACUCACAUACCUGUUGUCUGUGUUAUGUAAUAUUUAUCUUAAAUGCUACUCUUUUGUGCCUGAUUUAAAAACUGUCAACUCCACAUUAUUAAAUCUCUAUAUUUCAACUGAAUGUUCAGUAAAUUCAGCACUUCUUUGAAUAGGUAUAAACUAAUGGCUUAUAUGGUACAGAAACCAAACAGUUCAUUUAGAGUUGGUGUUGAAGAGGAGUGGCCAGGGCUUGAAGUGAAGUUUUUAGUUAUUUUAAGGCUGAGGGGUAUUUUUGUCAUUGUCAUUUCCUGCACUGAUUUUACAACAGGCCUUUGCUGCCACCUGUGGGUAAUCUUUAUUUGUGUAAGCAGGGAAAAAAACUGCAGUACAGGGUAGGGUGUGUUAGUGUUUUACCUUGGAGCAGCCAAUUACUGAAGUUAGGACUGGAACUAAUACUAAUGAUAAUUAUUGUUGUAAAUGAUAGUUGGUAUUUUGGAUAUUUUUAUUUACCAAUUAAUAAUUUGGUCAGUAAAAUGUGACUAUAUCAAACAACAAUUUAUUACCAUCACAUCACCAUUUGAACAGAGUUGUUUAAAAUGUGAAUUGAGUGGAUACUUACUGUAACAUUUCAAAGUGAAUCCUAUGAAAAACAAGUUUUAAAAAAAGUAUAACAAACUUUGUUUUGGUUGAUGAAUUCUAUAAUAAUUCCAUAAUCCAUUACUCAUUUGUAACUGAAAACUUUUCUGUUGAUCACAAGCAGUUAUUAUUAAGCUGUUAUGCUAAAUUUGAUGAUGAUGCCACAGAGAAAUGGGGAAAGCUGGACAAACAGUCUGAAUGCAGACACAAAAAGAGUUGGUUUGUGUGAAUGUACUGGAGGCCAUUAUAAGAAUAAGGAUUCUUCAGUAGAGUGAGAGCAACAUCACUUAAUAAUUUCAAACCUCUGAUGACUGCUAUGAAACAACAUGCUGGAACAACAAGUACAGAAUGCAUGAAAAACAAACAAACAAACAAACAAACAAAAAA